AUGCUGCCUUCAACUGUAAUAUGGGAAGGUAUCCUCCAAAGGUAUUCAAAAUACGGUGAUGCCGGGUGCGACGUCUCGGAGCGGCUAACGAUUCUCGCGGCCAUGAAUUCCCGCACACCGUCUCGGGCAAACUCAGUCACAGUGUCCGCCUCGAGUCCGGCGUCCAUUGCCGGGCACACUCGCUAUAUAGAGAUGCUGUUGGAAGUCGACCAUAUGCCGUGGGUCUACAACAUCAUUGCCAGCGUCGCACACUGGGUGCUCCUUGCGGGAUAUCUAGUGAUUCCUGAUUCAGAACCCGCCCCUCCUCGCGAUUGCCUGUGUGUACUUCGCGAUAGGGACUAUGCUUCUGAUAUGGCUUUGCUGGAAAUGGCGCAGCAAUUACAUUUGGCUCGUCGGUCGGGUAUUUAUGUACGCAUACCCAGCUAUGUAUCUGUACACGUCGCGGGACUAGAGACCUCUCGCGAGCUCCGGAAUGAAUUAGAGGAAAAAUACCGGCGCUUGGAGCUGAAUACUUUUUGCGAGUUAUUUGCCCAGGUUCGCGAGACCACGACCGAUCGCUGCGCCAACACACGAGAGUUCGUCGAUCGCAUCGGACCGGAAUACGUCCUCGUCGUGGAUGCGAUCCAGAAUGACAAGGACCCAGUCAAUCCGUCGACGAUUGGAAACCGUCUCGCUUAUGCCGAGCAGACGGUGCAGCGAAAGGAAGCUGCUACGUUCCCGCACAGAGCGCCAGGUUCCUCAAGCAACACCUCCAUCAAUAGUGUGCAGAAGACCGCAAGGAAAUGCGCCUACUGUGAGAAGCGCAGCCGUGUGACCGGAGUGCUGGAAGAAACAGCCUUGCGGGCCCACCGUGAGACGCUGGACACGGCGGGCAAUCCAAUGGCAGUCGAAGGGAUUGCCACGGUGAAGCUCACGCUCCGGGAGAAGUUCAACCGUCCCUUGGUGUUGAAGAACGUGUAUUUCGCGCCACAGGUCGGGAUGGAACUGAUCAGUGUGCCGAAGCUGCUACGCGACCGAUACUCGGUGGUGGCACAUCCACGGAAUGCCUUUGUGCAACGCCGAGGACGAACGGUGGGGACUGCCUACCAUGCGGUGGAGGAUCUUCGCGACAUUAUGAAUCUGUAG